AUGCUGGGCUGCUACUCCUUUUUACGGGGCUUCUGGACUUCAUCCUCUGCCAACUUGAAAUGGAUCCCUGGGCCACAGGGGAAGGCCUUCAAAGGGAAUGCUCAGGAGCUCCAAACCAAUGGUGCCGCUAGCUGUACAGCCUGGUUCUCUCUUUACAAGCGAUAUGGGCCUGCCUACGAGAUGACGAUCCCUUUCUUUCGCAUGCAUAUAAUCAACCAUCCCAUUUACCUCGAACACAUUCAAAAGCACAACAGCAAGAACUACGUACGCGGAAGCUUUAUCCGUAAUGCUUUUGGACCACUCCAUAGGACCGGUAUUUUCAUUGUCGAUGGAAAUGAAUGGCAAUUCCAGCGCAAGUCGGCAACGCGAGCAUUCAGCAAGCGGAACUUUGAAAACCACAUCACGAAGUCCCUUCACCAAUCGCUCGAUAUUCUUACUGGACUUCUGGCUAAUCUGGCCAAGGAGCAAACGGAAUUUGACUUUCAGGAAUUGAUGGGACGAUUCAUGUUCUGUCUCUUUCUUCGAGUCGCUUUCCAUGAGGAUAAGCUCGCCCGAGAGAUUUUGUCAGAGGAUCCCGAGAGCCUCAGAUCAGUGCCUGAUUAUAUUGCAGCAUUUGAUAAGGCCGCCCUCUGUGAGUCAAUCACCGAAAAGCUGUCCGGCGAGGACAAAAUUACCAAACGAGCUACGAAUCUCUUCUACUCAAAGAUUGAUGAUAUUAUCAACAAACGCCUUGAUGCUAUGCGAAAUGGCUAUACACCUGAUCCAGAUGGUGGAGUUGAUCUCCUAGAUCUCUUUGCCCAAUCAACAACUGAUCCAUACAAAUUGGGUGGAAUGGUCUUCUCAUUUCUAUCUGCUGGCCGUGAGUGGUUGCAACUCCCCUCCCUCAGUUUGAGCCACCCGCUAAAGGCCUUGCGUCACACAGGCGACACAACGGCAUACAGUCUUACAUGGCUCAUGAAGGAGAUUUAUCACAAAGACAAUCAGCAUCUCGAUGCCGCGAAUAAGAUCCGCGCCGAGGCAGAGGAACUUGGUUUAACCAAUGGCUACCUGAAUUAUGGUGAUGCACCGAAACUGCGCUUUGCAAAUGCCAUGUGGGAUGAGACCGCUCGCCUUGAUACGGUCUCUCCUGCUGGCCAAAUGGAGGCAGCGGAAGACGACAUUCUUCCUGCGGUGCCUGAACUCAAACUUCCCCCUCGUCAUGUGAAAAAAGGUGAUGUCGUCAGCUACCAGAAUUAUGUCUUGUCACGGAUGCCUGAAGUCUGGGGAGAGGACGCCUCCGUCUUCAAUCCCUACCGAUGGUUCAAAGAAAACGGAGAAAGCGUGUCCUACAGUCCAUUCAGUACGAAGCCACUCAUAUUUGAAGUAGCAUUAUUGGUUUCAAGCUUGCUGAUGCUAUGGCAUGUAGAAUACCACUCCUGGAAUGCCGGGCCGCGCAGCUGUCUCGGACGCGCACUCGCAACGUACGAGGGCAUUGCUGUCAGCACCGCGAUUCUCCAACGUUUUGAUGUCAUCUUAACAGACGAUUCCAAGACUUAUGAGCCUCUUGCUGCCCUGAACAUGGUAUGA